GCUGCCGAAAAACUUGAAAAGGAUCUUGUAGAAAUGGCUGUUGCUGAUUCAGUAGACAGUGAAGAUGGUGGGAAGGCAAUAAUUCAGGAGAUGAGCCCAUAUGAAACAGAAACUGUGAUUGCAAACCUGGUGAAAUCCUGGAUACGUACAAGAGUAGACAGACUCAAACAGUGGAUUGAGAGAGCUCAGUUACAAGAGGUUUGGGACACUCAAUCAAAUGCAGGGCACUUUGCUCCCUCUGCAGUGGAAGUUUUACGUAUCAUAGACGAGACUUUGGAAGCAUUCUUUUUGUUACCAAUACCAAUGCAUCCAGUUUUGCUUCCUGAGUUGGUCAGCUGUCUCGAUAAUUGCCUUCAUGGCUACAUCAUCAAGGCAAAAUCUGGCUGUGGUAAAUAUUGAAUUCAAAAUAGCUUUCCAAUUGGCUUG